AAAUGGAAAAUCAUGAACCAGGUACUGUCAAAAAAAACUUAACAACUUUGGCUAUCAUAACCAGAAAAAUCAGCCAGCUUCCAGAACCAGAAAGGAAUCUGCUUGAACAUGGAUCAACAUAUGUUGGAAUUAAUGCUGCUCUCUCUGGCCUAAUAGCAAACAGUCUUUUUCGGCGUGUCUUGAAUGUGACUCAUGCCCGAAUAGCUACUGGCUUACCAAUGGCAGUGAUUCCAUUUUUGACAGCACGUUUUGUAAGUUUCCCUUUAAGUACAGGUGUUUUGAGUUGUGAAACCUGUACCUUAAUAUGGGGUGGACUGGUUGGUCUUGUUCUUGGUGGCCUGUACCCUAUUUUUUUAGCUAUACCUGUGAACGGUGGCUUAGCAGCCAGGUAUCAAUCAGCUCUGCUGCCAGAGAAAGGAAACAUCUUAACUUAUUGGAUUAGAAUUUCAAAGCCUGUCUUUAGGAAGAUGGUAUUUCCUAUUAUGCUCCAGACUAUGUUUGCAGCAUACCUGGGGUCCAGACAAUAUCAGCUACUUAUAAAGGCCCUUCAGCUACCUGAAACUGGCCUAAAAUUUCACUGAUUUUAAGAAAAUAUAUGAAUGAAAAUGAAAUGUU